AUUGCCCAGCGGCCCCCAGCCUCUGACAGCUUCGGUCCGUCCCGUGCGCCCCGUCCUCCGCCGGCCCCCGCCCCGCGCCCCGGGACCCCCCUUCCUCCCGCACCACCGCUUGCUCGCUCGGACACACCAUGGACAAGUUUUGGUGGCGCGCAGCCUGGGGACUCUGCCUCGUGCAGCUGAGCCUGGCGCAGAUCGAUUUGAAUAUCACCUGCCGCUAUGCAGGUGUAUUCCACGUGGAGAAAAAUGGUCGCUAUAGCAUCUCUCGGACGGAGGCAGCUGACCUCUGCAAGGCUUUCAACAGCAGCCUGCCCACCAUGGCCCAGAUGCAGAAGGCCCUGAGCCAGGGGUUUGAGACCUGCAGGUAUGGGUUCAUCGAGGGGCACGUGGUGAUCCCCCGGAUCCACCCCAACUCCAUCUGUGCGGCAAACAACACAGGGGUGUACAUCCUCACCUCCAACACCUCCCAGUAUGACACGUACUGCUUCAAUGCCUCAGCUCCACUCGAAGAAGAUUGUACCGCAGUCACAGACCUGCCCAAAGCCUUUGACGGACCAAUUACCAUAACUAUUGUUAACCGGGAUGGCACUCGCUACAGCAAGAAAGGAGAGUACAGAACAAACCCUGAAGACAUCAAUCCCAGCAACUCUACUGAUGACGACGUGAGCAGUGGAUCUCCUGGGGAAAGGAGCACUUUUGGAGAUUACACCAUCUUCCACACUCACCUUCCAACCACAAACCCAACCCCCGAUGACGACAUUCCCUUGGACAGUACUCCAACUACCAGUACGGAUUCAAAUACCAACUCAGCAGGCUGGGAGCCAAAUGAAGAAAAUGAAGAUGAAAGAGACAAACACUUCAGCUUUCCUGGAUCAGGCAUUGAUGAUGAUGAAGAUUUUAUCUCCAGCACCAUUUCGAUCACACCACGGAUUUCUGACCACACAAAACAGAAUCGGGAUUGGACACAGUGGAGCCCAAGCCAUUCGAAUCCAGAAGUACUACUUCAGACAACUACAAGGAUGACUGAUGUAGAGAGGAGUGGCAGCAGUACUCAGGGACGAAGCCUGACUCAGGAACCACAGUCUCCUCUCACUCACCCUGGGCAUCACGAUGAAGAGGAGACUCAGGGUUCUACAAGCACAUCCUGGGUGACACCUCAUAGCACAACUGGAGGAACAGCUACCCAGAAAGAACAGUGGUUGGGGAACGUAUGGCAUGGGGGGAACCUCCAGACACCAGGAGAAGAUUCUCAUUCAAUAGCAGGGCCCACAACAGCCUCAGCCCACAACAGCCAUCCCAGUCCAAAAACAACAACACAGAGUCAAUGGGACAGUUCCUGGACUGAUUUCUUCGACCCAAUUUCACAUCCAACGGGACAAGAUCAUCCAGCAGACAGAAGGAUGGAUACAGACUCCAGUCACAGUACAAUGCCUCAGCCCACUUCAGAUCCAAACACAGGUUUGGUGGAAGACCUGGACAGGAUGGGACCUCUUUCAAUGACAACUCAGCAGAGCCCUUUCCAGAGCUUCUCGACAUUAGAUGGAGGCUUGGAAGAAGAUAAAGACCAUCCAACAACUUCUUCUCUGACAUCCAGAAAUAGGACUCAUGGCAGAGGAGGAAGAAGAGGUGAAAAUCUCCCUGCUGACUCAACUACUUCCCUGCAAGGUUAUACUCCUCACUACCCAGACACAAAGGAAAACAGGACCCUCAUCCCAGUGACCCCUACUAGGACUGGGGCCUUUGGAAUGACUGAAGUUACUGUUGUUGGGGAUUCCAACCCUGAUGUUGAUCGCUCCUUACCAGGAGACCGAGGCUCAUCCGUCGACCCCAGCAAGAGGUCCCAUACCACGCGCGGAUCCGAAUCAGCUGGUCACUCAAGUGGGAGUCAAGAUGGUGGAGUCAACACAACUUCUGGUCCCAUCAGGAAGCCCCAAAUUCCAGAAUGGCUGAUCAUCCUGGCAUCCCUCUUGGCCCUGGCCUUGAUUCUUGCGGUUUGCAUCGCGGUCAACAGUCGAAGACGGUGUGGGCAGAAGAAAAAGCUGGUGAUCAACAAUGGCAACGGAGCUGUGGAGGACAGAAAACCCAGUGGACUCAACGGGGAAGCCAGCAAGUCUCAGGAAAUGGUGCAUUUGGUGAACAAAGAGUCAUCAGAGACCCCAGAUCAGUGUAUGACAGCGGAUGAGACACGGAACCUGCAGAAUGUGGACAUGAAAAUUGGGGUGUAACAUCUCCCCCUUUACCUUGGAAAGAAACAGCAUUGGAGACAUAACCAUUACAGGGAGCUGGGACACUGAACAGAUGCAAUGUGCUACUGAUUGCUUUAUUGGGGGAUCUUUUUUUUAGCAUAAAAUUUUCUACUCCUUUUUGUUUUUUUUUUUUUUUGUGUGUGUGUGUUUGUGUGUUUUGUUUUUUAAAGUCAGGUCCAAUUUGUAAAAACAGCAUUGCUUUCUGACAUGAAGACCCAAUCAAUAAUCCGCGAAAUUUGAUCGUUCCAGUUCCCACGUAGAGGCCUUUCAUCUUCUGGGGUGUGCUAUGGAUGGCUUCUUUCAAAUGCCACAAAUACAUAUUCUUGAUCCCCAACCUUCCCCUUCCCCCACCUCCCAGGUGACAGCCACCAGCUGAGGACAUUCCCAGAGCUAUGAGGGAUGGGCCCUGGGGAGGAAAUUUGAAUGGGUCCAUAUUGCCUCUCCAGCAGUCCAGUCCCUGGGCAUUGCUUCCCAGUGGGGUAGGGGUCAGGGUGUACUGGUUACACCUCCCCUUUUACAAACACCCCCUGGAGAUUUCAGAUGCUUCUGGGAGACACCCACAGGGUGAAGCUAUUUAUCUGUAGUAAGCUAUUUAUCUGUGUUUUUGAAAUAUUAAACCCUGGAGGUCCUUCAAUCAGUAUGAUUUUUUUAAAGUUACUUUGCCAGAGGCAUAAAAGGGUUUAAGCUGAUUCAUAAUAAAUAUCUCUACUUCUUCCAUCUUAAUCCUUUGUGUCCUUCAGUUUCUAACCCAGGAAGGUCUGGGACUCUACAGCUCAUGAGGGUGAUUGGAGAAUGGCCCUCCUGGAAGUCACCCCAGAGCCCCACAGCCCUCUCUUAGGCUCACUUAGCCAGGUCUCAUAGAAGAUCCAGGAAGCAGCACCAUUUCAUGUGUGAGGCUGGCCAGCAGCUUUCUGCCCUGUCCUGGAGUCAGAUCUGUGAGCAGAAGGCUUCAGCCACUUUGACUUUUAAUGGCUACCUGUCCUCUUCCCUGAACAGCUUUGGAAGGUCACAUUAAGUUUGCAUGACCUACCACCAUGGGGGGUGGGGUGGGGCUCUUUCAUCCACUCUGAUCCUCUUUGUGAUUUCCAGAAACAACAUGAAAGUGUAUUUUGAAGACUUUUAACAACAUGAAAGCCAGUGAGGGUGAACGAAUACAGUCAAUAGUAAACUGGUAGGCAUGGUUUGGUGAGGGGCAUGUGGGGUAGGUCCUAUCAGGCUGUUAAGACUUUAUCAAGCCAGUGGUUGGGUUCCAUGCAGUUAAGACUCAGGAUGCGUCAAGAACACGGGGAAUCCCUCCAAAGGUUACUGGGAUUCCCAUCAUUGCAAUACUAGCACCAGAUAAGCAAGUGUAUGGCAAUAACAGCAUUGCAUUAUCACCUGACAACUUGGCAAGCCCUUUGCAGUUUUUAUUUGUCAGGGUGUCAGGGUGUCCUGCUUGCCCUGGAACUUCCGAGGUCUACAGACCGUAGAAGAGUAUCUAUAAAGUAAAAGCUCCUAUGAAAUGAGACUCCUUUUCCUAAGCUUUACUUUAAAAAGCCACUUGUUGCCCAAAUAUAUAGGCUUAAUGGGCAAUGUUUCUCAGAUCGAAAAACGAAAAAGAUGAAAUCAGGUGGGGUUUAUACAAAGUCUUGGUGUGAAGGGAAUAUUCCAAGGAGAGAUGCCAACUUCCUGCACUCAGUUCCAAUCCCUGCUUUUCCCUACCCACUCCCCUCCCUACCUCCUCUUUCCCACCCUCUCUCUGCCCCCAACCCCCACCAUGAUCUUGAGAAACAUCCUUUCCCUUUGGUGAAUGUUGUUGGUCAGUUCCAUAUUCAGCUGUCUUGGUUUGUUUCUUUCUUUUUCAAGUUGAAUAAGAAUGAACAUCAGACCACUCUGUUAUUACCAACACUAGAGUUAAAAUGUUGGCGGUUUCCUGGGUCUCCAAGGAACCACACAGCCUCACCCAGGUUCCUUCACCAGAAUGCAGACAGCCACAGCACGACCAGCUGCAAGAUUCCAGGCUCUAUACCUGUCCCCCAGGUUCUUUUGGGAGCCACAGAUGAUGAGUUUCACAGCUAAGGAUGGUUUCAACCCUUUCUAGACAUUCUCCCAGAAUUAGCCUGGGACAGGAGAUUCUUUUCAAUUUUAUUUUGGAGUUAAACAUGAUCUUGCUUUUGUUAUUGGUAUAGUCCUCAACUUGGAUAUACCUCUGUUUUCUCAAGAUAGAAAGGUGGGGAGGAAUAGAACUUUGAAUGGAGAGCUGCCCCAUUUUUGCAAUAUCCCUAAAUUGCCUGAAGUUUAUAGCAUAGGAGUGUUCUCACCCCUUGAACAUGGUGAUCAUGACCCUGGAAGGACAGCUUGGUCCUAAGCACAGCAUUUCUACCAUGUGAUAUGGGCUUUAUUUAAAAUAAAAUUCAGGAGCUUUAAUUAUUUUUUAAAGCAACUUGAGAUCUUAAGAUGUCAUUUUUCUUGCAGUUGUAAAUCUUUGGUGUCUCCUAAGGGCUUUGCUUAAAUUUGUUCUGAGUGAAAAAUCAAAUGGGAUAAAA